GUACCAGCUUAUUCUAAUGAUAGACAGUGUGUAUAUGAUGUCAGUACUCAGACUUAUAAACUUGAUGGAGACUUUACUUGUAGAGUAACUGACUGUGGUGUACCAGAAGUUAGUGAUGGCAUGCAGACACCUACAACUACUAGUACACAGGCGGGUAUUGGUUCAUUUACAUAUACAUGUAAAUCAUUCUAUGUACUUGAUGGUGCUGCAGGACAAGGUGGUACUACAGUAACAUGUCUAGCAAACGGACGAUGGGAUUUCGGUACUCUCAGGUGUUUACCUCAAACCUGCCCUGACUUAGGAGUACCACUUGGUGGUGUAAGAGAUUCAAUUGCCUACAGUAUCAACGACCAAGCUAAAUUUAGUUGUCUGAGAUCAGGCUUCCAGUUGAGUACUACUUCAGCAAUAGCUUGUCUUCAAAAUGGUGCCUCUGUACAAUGGAAUGAAACUCUACCGACUUGCCAAGAUGUUACUUCACCAAUGUUUACCAACUGUCCACAAACACCCAUUUCUAUAACAAAAUAUGGAAGAGUCUCUUAUACCAUUCCUAGUGCUACUGAUAAUUCUAAUUCUUUAUCUGAUCUAACUGUAAAUCCAGCAUAUUUUCGACCUGAUAUACCGGUACCUGAUAGUAUUAAAGUAACUUACACAGCAACUGAUCAUUCUGGACAACAAGCUUUAUGUAGUAUUAAUAUUGAAGUUAAAGAUGAAAUCGCACCAACUGUUCAAUGUCCAGCUUCUAGAACAAUUGUUAUUGAGAAUGCUGCUCAGGCUACAACUGUAACAUGGACAGACAAUGAUCUGGUCAUUUUAAAUGAUAAUGUUGGAGUGACAUCAACAAUAUUCUCACCGUCAUCUCUAGCAUUAAGUUUGUCCGAUGUAGGAUCAGUUAAUUCUGUAAUAGCUCGAGUUCAAGAUGCUGCUGGAAAUAUGGCUUCCUGUAGAUUCCAAGUAACUGUUGUUGGAAUCUGUCAGCCUGAUUAUCUGGGAAAAUCUAUAAAUGGAAUAAAGAAUUGUAUGUUAAAGGGAAAUGGUAAUGGUUAUACUUGUGCUAUAUCAUGUAAGCAAGGAUAUUAUUUUAAAAACGAAUAUCCAGGGGAAGUUUUCACCACAGAAUGUGAUUUUGGCGGAAAUUGGACUCAAGGAGAAAUACCUCAUUGUGCAGGUAAGUUUUGA